GGGAAGAAUAGGGGCGAGGGAGAUGCAUAAGAACAGGGCUUGGUCUUGCUGUAAGGAACAAAGUUCAUCAGUAAUUACCACUGUUUCAAGGUGUAGCCCAGGAUUAGGUCAUACUCUUUAGAGCCAAAACAUUUUAAUUUUUCCCAAUUCACAUUCUGACUAUUUUAAUGCGUGUAUUUAUUUUACGAGGGAAGUUCUUAAGUUUAGCAGAAUCAAAUGUGGUCCGAAUUGUACCUCAGUGGCCUCCAGGGGUCACCAGUGUGUGGGUAAAAUAUAUGAAUCUUGCACAUACAGCAUUAAAAUGUCAUGCAACAGACGUUGUCUUAAUAACCGCAGAUAAAAAUCAAUUCUGUUGACGAAGCACAAAGAACCAGAACUCCAGGCAGACUGGGUGGAAAGGUAUUUGAGAACAGGAAGGAUGUUGACGUGAUUUCCGCAGGCUCGAACCGGGGAAAGUUGUUUCCUGAAGUUGUCACUGGGAAGGGACCGUUUUAUGCUACAGUCCCUGCUGCUGCUGCCCGUCUGUCUGACUGGAAGAUGAGUUCCAAGAAUGAAGACGCAGAGGCGAGCCUCCAGGCCCAACUAGCUGAGUACCGAGCUCAGGCUGAACACUGGCAGGGAGUGGCGACCAUCUGUGAGCUGAGCAAACAGGAGGAACUGGCAGAGCUGCAGAAACAAUGUGAUGAAGAGAUUCAGUCUCUGCAGGAGGCGCUCAGAGAGACUGCAGCUCAGUAUGAGGCCAGGAUAGCUGUGCUCCAGUCUCAUCCGGUGGAGUGGAGAAGAGGCAGUGCACACAGUCUGGUCAGUGGAAGGAAAGGUAGAAUGGAAGCUGAAGAACUUUCAUCUUCCAUCAACAACAGUCAGACGGAGGCGGAGACAUUGAACAGGCCUCAGGGCCACACAGCUGACAUUGACGGAGCAGCAGAAGCAGCCUCGCUUUCAUCGGAGAGUUAUUUUGCACUUCGUUCCUGCGACUCAGCAUCACUAUCCUCCUUCUCCUUGGACACGCCGUCCAUGCCCAGGAAACGCCACUCUCAGGAAGACACGGACUCCUUGGUGUCCACAGGAACUUUGGUGCCGGAGGCCAUUUAUCUUCCUCCUGCUGGACACCGUCUGGUCACACACAGUGACUGGGAUGCACUAAAUGCUCAGCUGUCGGAGCUGCGGGGGGAGGUGAGUCGGCUGCAAGCUGAGAAGGAGGAGCUGGAGCGGGAACUGGACACACAAACAAAUCACACACACAAGCAGGUGACGACGCUCCAGUGUCAGGUGAAGAGCUCAGAGGGCCUGCUUCAGGAUCUGCAGAAAUCUUUCAGCCAAUCGCAGAAUGCCAUGCAGAGCCGGCUGGCAGAGUUGUCCUUGUCCCAGAGAAAGAUGUGUAAUGAGUUGUCCAGACUGAAAGGAGAGGAGGUGGAGGACGAGGUGGAGGACUCCAGCAGUUUGUUCGCAGCUGCGCUGCAGGGGGCGCACUGUGAGGAGCGACUUCGGAUAGAAAUAGUGAACCUGAGAGAGCAGCUGGACACUCGGGCAGAGGAGAAUGAGGUUUUAGAAGUGCAGCUGACCAGCCUCAAGGUGGAGACAGAGAGGAUCCAGGCUCAGAAAGACCAGGCGCAGGCUGAACUGGCAGCCUGUCGCUCUGAACUGGAUGCUCUGCGGGUGGCGCUCUCUCACGUACAGGGCACCAGCAGGACUCUUAGCAAAGAAAAAGAAGCCCUACAUCAACAGUGUCUGGAGCUACGAAGUCAAGUGAUCAGCCUACGCUCCCAGGUGGACACCAGUCAGACUGUCCAGAGGGACUUUGUCCAGCUGUCCCAGUCUCUGCAGGUGAAGCUGGAGUUGAUUCGUCAGGCUGAGAGUCUGGAUCAGGUCAAGGAAAUCCUGGAAGAGGGAGCCGGCGACGAUCGUUUUCCCCCCGCAGACGCCUCGUGAGUUUCAGACAGAAAUUAAAGACAAUGGACCAAGAACGAAGAACGUUCAUUCCAAAGUGACCACUAAUGGCUGACUGACCACAGCCAUGUUAAAACACUGGAGUCAGUAUUAUGACACCACAGAUGUGCUUGUCAAGGACGUGAUGAUGUCACUUCCGGGAAGACUCGACAGUGUUGUUUAAUGACCAAAGUAAAGAAACCAAGUUUUCAUACAUUUACUCUACUUAAACAUGAAGAUAUUUUGAUGAUAAAACUGACACUCGACAGUUUAACAGUGACUCAGACUUUGACCACACAAUCAUUCUCUCUCUUACGCACACGCUGCACUACAACUCUGUGGAACAAUGAAUUCAAAAUAGACUGCAUUUCAGUUGUUUUUUUUUUUCUGUUUUUUUUUUUUUUAGACAAUUAUAUUUAUUAUUAGUUUGUUUUUUGUGUUUUUGGCAUUUGUCAAGUCAGGAAAACUGUAAUCAAUAAUUACAUACGCUCAAAUCAAACUGUUGAUUGGAAAUAUGAAGAAAAUGUGAAUGUGUAACUUCUUUCAUCAAUACGCACUAAAUACACACUUAAUUUGUAACCUGUGAUCUUGA